CUUAUAGCAGUUGGGCAUCAGUCAGCAUGCUGGGCUCUUUGAUUCUGCUGUGGAUAUGCGUCCUCCUCGUCUUCCUCUUCAUCCGGAUCCAGAGGCCCAAGAACUUCCCUCCUGGACCUCAACCUCUCCCAAUAUUUGGGAAUCUGCUUGAUCUGAGCAUCAACAAUCCUUUGAAAGAUUUUGAAAAACUUGCAAAACGCUAUGGGAAUGUUUAUGGUCUGUAUUGGGGAUCAAGACCAGUCGUGGUUCUUCAUGGUUUUGAGGCUAUAAAGGAAGCUCUGGUUACUAAAGCUGUAGACUUUGCAGGACGACCAACAGACUUUAUGAUCAAUCAUAUUUCGGAGAAUAAAGGUGUGAUUUUGGCUGAUUAUGGCCCUGCUUGGAAGGAGCAUCGACGCUUUGCCCUUAUGACCCUGAGGAACUUUGGCCUCGGGAAGCAGUCCAUGGAGGAGAGAAUUCUGGGAGAGACCUCACACAUUAUUGCCAAAUUGGAAAACAAUGCUGAAGGAAAUGUGAAUCCUCAGACUAUGUUCCACAACGCUGCAUCAAAUGUCAUCAGCUUGGUUCUGUUUGGAACCCGUUAUGAUUACAACGAAGAAUUCCUCAAGCGCUAUGUUUCCCUCAUUACAGAGAUUUCAAAGAUCCUCAAUGGACCAUGGAACAUAAUUUAUGACACAUUUCCUACAUUGAGAUGCUUGCCUCUGCCCUUUAAAAAAGCCUUUGUUAAUAUAGAAAAGAUCAAAAGUCUGACUUUGAGUCUGAUCGAUGAACACAAGAAGACGAGAGUCCCUGGAGAGCCGAGAGACUUCAUUGACUGCUAUCUGGAUGAGCUUGAGAAGAAAGAAAAUACUGGUUCCACCUUUGCUGAAGCCCGACUCAUCAUGUAUAUAAUGGAUUUGCACUUUGCAGGGACUGAUACCACAUCCAACACCCUGCUCACUGCUUUUCUCUACCUCAUGACUCACCCUGAAGUUCAGGAGAGAUGUCAGCGAGAGAUUGAUGAAGUUCUGGAUGGAAAAGAUCAGGCGUCUUAUGAAGACAGACACAAUAUGCCGUACACACUCGCUGUGAUUCAUGAGGUUCAGCGUGUCGCUAACACUGUACCACUCAGUGUGUUUCACUGCACCACCAAAGACACAGAGUUGAUGGGCUACAACAUCCCAAAGGGAACUGUUGUUAUCUGUAACCUUACAACUGUACUAAAAGAAGAGGGCCAGUGGAAGUUUCCUCAUGAGUUCAAUCCAGCCAACUUUCUGAAUGAUCAAGGCCAGUUUGUGAAGCCUGAGGCCUUUAUACCAUUUUCUACAGGUCCCCGUGUGUGUCUCGGUGAGGGUCUUGCUCGUAUGGAGCUCUUCCUGGUUUUGGUGACUCUGUUGCGCCGCUACCAGUUUGUGUGGCCUAAAGAUGCUGGAGAACCAGAUUACACCCCAGUGUAUGGGGUCACACUCACACCCAAACCCUACAGAAUGCACAUCAAACUCAGAGAGAUAGUCACAUUAUACUGAUGUUGUUAUAUUUUGGUGAAUAUGUUGCGAAGAUAGUUUGAUUUCAUUCAUUUUUAGGGUUAGGGUUAGGGUUUAAAUAGUGUGUAUUAUGCCUGAUCCUAGACAUUAUAAAAGUUCCUAAAUAGAAGUAAAUACGAUAUGUUUGUUAAUGGAUCAUUGACACAGUUUGGUUUUAAGUACACCAAGGGCUUCAAUAAAAGUUUUUACAAACA